AUGCUCAACGUACCGAUUGGCACUUCUUCCCUGUCCCCUUCAUGCCCAUCCCAUCCUCGCAUUCCUAUCCCCCCAUUUCUAAUUCUCCCUCAUCCGCUUCAUGUCCCCACUUCCCCCGUCCCUACUCUCGCCGUCCCUACUCUCCCCGUCCCUACUCUCCCCGUCCCUACUAUCCCCAUCCCUACACUCCCCGUCCCUACUCUCCCCAUCCCUACACUCCCCGUCCCUACUCUCCCCGUCCCUAGUACUAUCCCUGUCCCUUCUCUCUCAAUCCCUACUCUCCCUGUCCCUACUCUCCCCGUCCCUACUCUCCCCGUGCCUACUCUCCCCGUCCCUUCUCUCACUGGCCCAAUUCUCCCCGUCCCUACUUUCCUCGUCCCUAUUCUCUGCAUCUCUACUGCCCCCGUCCCUACUCACCCCGUGCCUAUUCUCUUCUCCCCAUCCCUGCUCUCCCCGUCCCUACUCUCCCCGUCCCUAAUCUCUUCUCCCCGUCCCUGCUCUCCCCGCCCAAUUCUCCCCGUCCCUAUUCUCCCAGUCCCUACUCUCCCUGUCUCUACUCUCCCCGUCCCUACUCUCCCCGUCCCUACGCUCUCUGUUCCUACUCUCGUCGUGCAUACUUCCAUCGUCCCUAUUUCCACCUGCCUAUUUCCCGUCCCUAUUUCCGCCUGCCUAUUUCCCGUAUCACCUCGCAUCACUCCGUGCCAGCGCAGUCCCACGAUGCGAGGUGAUGCAGUGCGAAGGCGCGUUCGGCGGACGGUGCUGGUGCGAAUGGCGAGUUGCGUGGCACGACUGGUGCCCCCCGCAAGCGAGUCAUAG